AUGCCCAAAAGAAAGACUGAAGUGGAUGCUACAGGAGAUAAAACCAAGGUGGAGGACAAACCACAGAGAAGAUCUACAAGGUUAUCUGCUAAACCUGUUCCUCCAAAGCCAGAUCCCAAGCCUAAAAAGGCAUUUGCAAAGAAGAAAGAGAAGGCACCCAAAGGGGAAAAGAGUGAUGCUAGCAAGGAUGGGAAUAACCCUACAAAAAAUCGAGCUGCCAAAACAGACAAGACGCAGAAAGCUGAAGGUGCUGGAGAUACCAAGUGA